AUGGCCAAACCAGUCACCAUUAGACUUUUGCUUACCCUAGUGGUUCAUCAUAACUGGUUUCUUAAUCAAUUGGAUGUAAGUAAUGGUUUUCUCCAUGGUUUUCAUAAGGAAGUUGUCUAUAUGGAGCAACCCCUAGGCUUUGUGGAUUCUUCUAAACCUACUCAUUUGGGUGCACUAUUUCCAGUCAAGGAUCUUGGUCCUCUUCAUUACUCCCUCGGUCUCAAGGUUCAGAGAUCAUCCACUGGUUUGUUUCUUUCUCAAGCCAAGUAUGCCACUAACCUUCUCACCAAGGUGCAAAUGACUAGUGCUAAACCUUGUGCCAGUCCCGUUGGUUCUGCAAAAUUGGAUCACAAUAGUGAUCUCUUACCUAAUCCUGCUAAAUAUCGCUCUAUUGUGGGGACUCUCCAGUAUCUUACUUGGACUAGGCCUGAUCUCUCAUAUGUAGUCAAUCAGAUUGGGCAGGUUGCCCUUAUGAUCGAUGAUCUACUGGAGGUUAUUGCAUAUUUCUAG